CAAUUCGUCAAUGAAAAAUUAGAUUAUUUGAUUCAUCGUGACCCUUGGGGCCAAAGAAUUAUGUUUUUUAAUUUCAUAGUGGUAUUAAUAAAAAAUAUUCAAUGCCUGAAUUGCAGUGUAACAACUUGUUUUUUUUUAAUAUGAUAAUUUUCCAUUAUAUAUGUUUACUCUUGUGAAGCGAUUGCAAGACUUAACAGUUUAAUAUGGGUUUAAUAAGUAAUUUAUUCUAUCACAUGGAAGGUUGUUUACAGGUAAAUCUGUGUUUGUUACAGAUUUCUUCACACUUCAUAUCAACAGGUAGUCAGGCCCUUUAACAUUGACCAACUAGUGGAGGGAAAAUUCAUUGUUAAAAAAAUAAUAAUUGAUUCAAAAAGGAUGUUUUUGUGGUGAGGAAGCAGAUUGUAUUGCUGUGUCAUAGUUAGAAACUUUUGUUCAGAUGACAUUUUUGUUAACUGUUAAAAUAUUAAUAGUUCAAUUUGCAAUUUUGUGUAAGAAUGGGGAAAUAAUGGCACACAAAAGAGAAAUGUAGUUGAAGCAUUUAAGGAGAUAAGAUAUUGAUACUAAUACAGCCCCACUGAAAGAAAAAUGGAAAAACUUAUCUCAUCACCAUCAGAAACUAAAUCGUGAUCAUAACAAAAUUGUUUAAAUCUACAUCCGUUUUGAUUUAGAAAUCUUUUGAAUUGAAAAGAAAAGAUUUGAAAAGAGGUCAGACUCCAUUGGGACACAAGUUAAGCACGGAUCAGUAACUUCACUCUCUUGAUGAAUGUGUGUGACCAUAGAGCCAUAAACAACAGGUUCAGAUCAAACUUGUGAAUAGGUGUAGUUUGAUGGAAUGUAUAAAACGGUCGAACUAUUUAGUGAUUCUUUGAGAUGGGAUCUGUGAAAUCUUUCUGACUGAACUCAGGUGUUAAUAAAUAUAGAUUGAAUCUGAUAAUGUUCACAUGUAGAUUGAUUUGGCAGUAAGACGGAAACAACAAAUACGUGCUAAGCCAGAGAUUAUACCAUUUAAAUCUAUAGUAAUGAACAGAUGAAUCAUUAAUACGUUUUGUUCGAGCAAAUAUUAAUUGAAACAACAAAAUGGCCUCCACUUGUUUAACCUUAUGUUUUGGGAUUUAUCUUGUUAUUUCGUUACUACUACAUAUUGGUGAAGUUGUAUUAAAUGCUAUGUUUGUGAUACAUUUAUAUGAUGAUAGCACUAAAAGAACGUGGUUUACAAUUAUGCUGGGACUGAUGCUAUUACCAAUGGUAACAGUCCAGUUAGUGUCUGCUUUACUUCUGCUCCAUAAGAGAGGAGAACAUUUGACAACAUUUCAAGCUUUUGGAACAGCCAUGCUUCAUGUGUUUCAACUGGGAUUUGUAUGGCGACACAUUCGAUUGAUAACAGAAGAUGAAAUAAAAUGGAAGAAACGUGAUCUAGCAGACUUGUGCAUAUUAAGACUGUUUUAUACAUUUUCAGCCAGUUUGCCUAUAUUUGGGAUGCAAGUUUAUUUAAUUGUGAAAUAUAACUCGUUUGACUGGCUGAUAAUUUCUGCUACAACUGUCACAAUGUGUGCUAUUGCCUGGGCCUUAGCUAGUUACAGGAGACAAAAUGAAGCUGAUAUUGCAGAAGGCACAGUCUUAACUUUUCCUGGAACAAUUUUUCGCCUUAUCUGGAGAUUUGGAGAAAUAAUUUCCAGAAUUUUGUCAUUAAUUGUUUUUGCAUCUUUAUACAAAUCCUGGAUUUUUCUUGUGAUUUUACUCCACUGGUUAACAAUGAUGGUGUGUAUUUUUACCUCUGUGUUUGGAUUUUUCGAAUUAGUGGGAGUCAGUCGAGUGCACAGAUUUUUCCUUAGCACACUCAUUGCUUACAUUUACAUAUUUUGUUACAUCAAUUUCAACAGCCAGAGAACGCAAUGGAGAUAUAUUACAUUCUAUACAAUUAUGUUCCUAGAAAAUGCUGUACUUUUGAUUGUGUGGUAUUUAAGUGCAGUAGAGGAUAAUUCCUUGAGAACAUAUACUAUUAUAUUCAUUGCAUGUAUCACAUUUGUCAUAGGCAUUGUCUCAAUGAUAAUGUAUUAUCGCUUCUUCCACAUUCCCGCCAAAAAGUUAUUCGCAGAUGGGAAAGACAAUGUAUGUGUGCAAGACUCUUGCAUUAACUGCAAACUCAGUCUUUGCAAUAAACACAGUAAAUAUUUUCAGAGACCGUUUAGUGCUGGCUGGGUAAGUCAGUAUCAGAAGGCUUUGUAUCAGGGAAAUUAUUAUAAAAAUAUGCAGGACUCAUUACUCGACUCUAUGUCUGAAUGGGAAGAAAUAUCAUCAAGCUCAGACUCAGCAUCAGAAGGCAGAAAUCAUUCAAAACGUGAAAAAUCUGUGACUUUUCAUUCAGCAGGGACAUACAGUCAUAAGAGAUUUUUACCCAAAUCUGGAAUUUCUGAUUCCGAUUCGGAUUCAACAUCAAUGACAAGUCGACAAAACAUUCAUCAGUCCUCAAGUGAUUCUGAAGUGAGUGACACUGUGAAUCCAUUAUCAUGUGAAAAUACAAGUCAGACUCAGCUACUCACUGAUAGCUGGGAAAAACUUAUCAAAGGUAAAGACAAUAUUACCAAUGAAAACGUUCAAAAUCUGCAAUCUUUUCGACCAAUUAGUGCUCAGAACUUAGAGGAUUGGUAUUCAGAUGGAUACAGUACCGAUCAUUCAUCGUCAGACUUUCAGUUACCCAUUACAGUGCUUGCCAAACUUAACAAGUGUCGUAUUUCUGUUGCAUCAGACUCUACUCAGUGUACCAUGUGUAAACAUCUCAAAAUUAAUCGUAAGAGACCAAAAACAUACUCACGAUCGUCUCAGGAAAAAAUUAUCGAGGAAAAUUAUGAUUUAGAAUCAAAUCCUAUAGUGUUGGAAACUCCCAGGAGUGCUGCGUGGUAUAACUGUAGUGAAUCUGGAGAUAGUGCCUUCCCACAGGAAACAAUCAGUACCAGUAACAUUGAGUCUGACGAGGACGGGAUUAGUGAGACAAGUUUUGAAAUGAUCAUUUAAUGUAUACACUUCCAUUUGUUCAUGUACUAAUGGCCUUGAACAACUUAUUAUAUAAAUAUUCUGGUACUAUAACUCUCCCGUUGUUACUAGUAAAUACCAAAUGUGAAUCAAGAUAUGAUUGAUUCUUUUUGCUGAAAUUGCAUGGAAUUUGAAUCAAUAAUUUCUAGAUGCACAUUUUGUAAAGACUGAAUUGUAAAUUUAAACUUUCUUCAAUGGCAAAUAUAUAUAAAAGUAAUCACUUAUAUCAAUGGAAAUUUCAAAGUAUUUUUUUUUAAAUCUGAAUUAUAAGGUAGAAAAAUUUAUAAUGAGUUUAUAUGCCUUUUUUCCUGUUAAAAUUAUAAUAAAAUUGUUAAAUUUAAAUAAUUAUAGACUAAAUUAGAGACUAAAUUGGAAAUAUGAAUAUCUGUAACAUUACAACUAUUUUGUUUUACUAUGUAUAGUAUUUAGGUUAACUUUGUUACAGAUGUAUAAUUAUGGUUGAGAUAUUUUUCUCACAUAGAAAACAGUAUUCUUUUGUGGAAAUCUAAAUAUUUUAAAUUUGAUGUAUGAUAAAACACAAUGUUUAUAUUUAUCCCUCGGCAUGACUAAAUCCAAUAAAUUUACUCUGCCGUCUAUUUUAAUAUAUAUUUUAGAUCUUUAAUACACAGAAAGUUUUCUCGGAGUAUAAUAGACAAUUUAUUUCAAUCAAUUUUCAGGCUUAUUUUUAAUUUCAAAUCUUUUUAAUUUAUCUGCAGGUGUUUGACAUAUUAAAAUAAGAAAAAUUUACGAUCUAGCUAUAAAUAUUGGUGCUAAAUGAACUUUCAAAUGAAAUGGAUAUUAAAGCACUUAUUUAAUAAGAAAUGUUUGUAAUUCAGAAACAUAAAAGAAAACAAUAUAUGGACCAUAUUACCAUAAUGGUAUAGGUAUUUAUACAGCAUUCAAACUUUAUCUCAGGGAAAUCAGGCAAAUUUAUAUUUUUUUAAAAAAGCUGAGCACCGUUAAUUGAAUAGAAUUUUUUUUUAUUUCUUUCUUUGUACUUGUUGUUUGUUAAUAUAUGAUUGUUAAAGUUUAUAAUACAACACAUGUUUAUGGAUACCAAGGCACAAAAUGCAAUUAUUAUCUGUAUAGUGUAUACCUCAGUUUAUAAUACUACACUUGUUUAUGGAUACCCAGGCACAAAUUGCAUUUAAUACCUCUGUAUACCUCAGGAUUAAUAAUAAAAUUGUUAUAAUUAA